UCUAACAUGGCGUCCUACACGUGCUAUAGUCUGUAGUCUGUGUUUCUCCUGGAUUUUUAGGAGUAUUCAAACAAAUACUACAAGAAUAGGUAGGAGAAUCCAAUAUGGUACGAAAACUAAAAUAUCAUGAACAAAAGCUUUUGAAAAAAGUUGAUUUUAUAUCGUGGAAAAGCGACAACAACUUGAGAGAAGUUAAGAUUCUUCGUAAAUACCACAUUCAAAAGAGAGAAGACUACACUAAAUACAACAAAUUAAGCGGGAUAGUCAAGUCUUUGGCUAACAAGAUAAAGGAUCUUGAUGCUAAGGAUCCAUUUCGUAUAGAAGCAACCGAUCAACUUCUAGAGAAACUUUAUAACAUGGGUUUAAUAACCAGCAAGAAAGGUCUUGUACAAUGCGAAAAAGUUAAUACCUCGUCAUUUUGUCGACGAAGAUUGCCGGUAAUAAUGGUGAAUCUGAGAAUGGCACAAGCCAUAAAAGAUGCAGUAAAGUACAUCGAACAGGGACACAUACGAGUAGGUCCAGAAGUCGUUACGGAUCCUGCAUUUUUAGUGUCUAGAAGUAUGGAGGACUUUGUGACCUGGACAGACACUUCAAAGAUAAGAAAACAUGUGAUGGAAUACAAUGACUUGAGAGAUGACUUUGACUUCACUUAAUAUAACACCACUAAUUUGAUCUUUAUGAACUACUGAUUUGUAAAGUUAAUUGAAUUUUGGUUGUUGUAAGGGACCGUUCGUUUAUUAGGUCAGGGGAGAAUGGUGGUUUUCAUUGGAGGGAUGCUUUUGAAAAGUACCCCCCCUGUUUAUAUAUUCACCCCACUAUUUUUCUUAAAAAGUUUACCCCCCCCCCUUUUUAUUCAUCAAAAACAAAGUUUACCCCCUCAAAUUACUUUUUUUUCCAAAAUAUGCCCCGACCCCAAUUUUCAAAAACCACCAACCCCACCCCCUGCGACGUAAUGAGCAAACAGUCCCUUGAAUGCUUGGGUAGCUAGCUUGCAUGUUUGACUCUUUGUUGUUUACAGCUCACCCUUGUAAAACCUAACACAUUAAAUUUAUCUAUUAAUGAUAA